CUAGAAACACGGCGGCACGUGCGUACCUUUCGCAACGGUGAAAAACAAACUGUAACACACCACUAGACAAUUGGCCGGUCGAUAAAACCUCGCUACCACCGUGUGUGUCAGAAAUAAAGAGAGCCAAUAGAUUCCGGUGAAGAUCCGGAGAAAUUAUGUCUAACAGCAAUGGAGAUUCACUGGAUUCCAAACGGAAUCCCAACAUUCCGCUACCAGAACGACGUCCUCUCCUGAAGAAAUCAAGGACGAUCGCUGAUUCCAGCACUGCUCACUUCCCCGGUCCACUCUUCCCAGCCGUCCGCCGGCCCUCCUCCGACGAGUCAACUCCUCCUCUUCCACCAUCUUCCUCCUCCACCUGGUCCCCCCGACGAUCAUUCGACUCAUCCGACAGCUCCAGCACUACCACCAGCGACACUUUUCCCGGUCAAACCUUCGGGUUUGCUGAUCGUGAUUACGUUUAUCCAUCAUUUCUUGGACCUAACACGACUCGAAACCGGGUAACAGUUGUUAAAUCUUCUGCGUCUAAGUCACUGAGGAAACAACCGCCUGUUUCGUCUCCUUCUCCUUCUCCGGUUCGAAGCGCUUCGAUGCCUAAGAGUUUGGCUACCACAGGGGGAAGCGAAAUGCAAUCAGCUACUGCGAGUGCGAGUACGUCACAUUCACCGGCGCCGGGGUCAGAUUCUAAAUCGGAGAGAAUCGUUCCGCCAGUGCUUGCUCAAGUUCCAGUUUCUAAUUUGACUUCUUCGUCUUCCCUGAGUUCAUCUUCUACUGCUCGCAAAAACGCCAGGAUCAGGAGUUCGUUGAUACGUAACCUGGGAGCCCUCAGAGCAUCUAUCCCGCAUUUUAAUGUUUAGUGUCUGAUGAUGCCACGUUUAUUUCUUAAUGCAGCUUGCACUUUUAUGUGUAGUGUUUGCAUCUUAUGCAAUAACAUUAAGGAAUGAAGUCAAGAAGCUUCAGGAAGAGAAUUAUGAUCUUCAUAAAACUUGUUUGAAUAAAGACAUUCCUCAUGAUGAAAGCACAGACAUUUUCAAACAUGAAAGUGACAAUUCAUUUGUGUAUAUUGGCAACACUGACACCCGAAACAUUGCUCUCUACACUGUUCUGUUUACUCUUGUGACACCUUUUGUAUUAUACAAAUAUCUUGAUGAUCUUCCCAAAAUCAAGAACCUCUCAAAACGUUCAAAGAACAACAAAGAAGAGGUUCCAUUAAAGAAAAGAAUUGCAUACAUGGUGGAUGUGUGCUUCUCUAUCUACCCUUAUGCGAAACUACUUGCCCUUCUCUUUGCAACUAUCUUUCUCAUUGCAUUUGGUGGUUUAGCACUAUAUGCUGUAAGUGAUGGUAGUCUUGCAGAAGCCCUUUGGCUUUCUUGGACAUUUGUGGCAGAUUCAGGAAAUCAUGCAGAUAGAGUUGGCACUGGAUCAAGAAUUGUUUCAGUCUCUAUAAGUUCAGGAGGGAUGCUGAUAUUUGCAAUGAUGCUAGGGCUUGUUUCAGAUGCUAUCUCAGAGAAAGUAGAUUCAUUACGAAAAGGGAAAAGUGAAGUCAUUGAAAGCAACCACAUUCUUGUUCUUGGAUGGAGUGACAAAUUGGGUUCACUUUUGAAGCAGCUGGCUAUAGCAAACAAGAGCAUUGGUGGUGGUGUGGUGGUUGUCCUGGCGGAAAGAGACAAGGAGGAGAUGGAGAUGGAUAUAGCAAAACUCGAGUUCAGCUUCAUGGGCACUUCAGUUAUAUGCAGAAGUGGUAGUCCUCUUAUACUUGCUGACUUGAAAAAGGUUUCGGUUUCAAAAGCACGUGCUAUAAUAGUACUUGCAGCAGAUGAAAAUGCAGAUCAGAGUGAUGCACGAGCAUUGAGGGUUGUGCUUAGUCUUACUGGAGUAAAAGAGGGGCUAAGAGGUCAUGUUGUUGUUGAAAUGAGUGAUCUUGACAAUGAACCUUUGGUGAAGCUUGUUGGAGGAGAGCUGAUUGAGACAGUGGUUGCACAUGAUGUGAUUGGAAGGUUGAUGAUACAAUGUGCUCUUCAACCUGGCCUUGCACAGAUAUGGGAAGAUAUAUUGGGGUUUGAAAAUGCAGAAUUUUAUAUCAAAAGGUGGCCACAAUUAGAUGGUUUAAGGUUUGAAGAUGUACUUACUUCGUUUCCAGAUGCGAUCCCUUGUGGAGUAAAGGUUGCUUCAGAAAGAGGGAAGAUAAUAAUAAAUCCAAAAGAUGAAUAUAUAUUAAAAGAAGGUGAUGAGAUACUUGUGAUAGCUGAAGAUGAUGACACAUAUACCCCUGGCCCUUUACCAGAGGUACGAAGGGGUCUCUUUCCAAAAAAAAGUCGACCCUCCAAAAUUCCCAGAAAAGAUAUUAUUUUGUGGUUGGCGACGUGAUAUUGAUGAUAUGAUUAUGGUUCUAGAAGCAUUCUUGGCUCCAGGGUCAGAGUUAUGGAUGUUUAACGAGGUGUUGGAGAAAGAAAGAGAGAGAAAGUUAGUGGAUGGUGGACUUGAUAUUUCAGGACUUGUUAACAUUAAACUUGUCCACCGUGUUGGAAAUGCAGUUAUUAAAAAACAUUUAGAAACUCUCCCUUUAGAAACAUUUGAUUCUAUUCUAAUUCUUGCAGAUGAAUCUGUGGAAGACUCAAUUGUCCAUUCUGACUCACGUUCUCUAGCCACCCUCCUUCUCAUCCGAGACAUUCAGUCAAAGCGGCUUCCAUAUAAAGAAGACACUCACACAAGCUCAACAACUGCUUUCUCUCAUAGUUCUUGGAUACGUGAGAUGCAACAAGCUUCUAAUAAAUCAAUAAUAAUAAGUGAGAUUUUGGAUUCAAGAACUAGAAACCUUGUUUCUGUAACAAAAAUCAGCGACUAUGUUCUUUCAAAUGAGCUUGUGAGCAUGGCUUUAGCAAUGGUAGCUGAAGAUAAACAGAUCAAUCGUGUCCUUGAAGAACUUUUUGCAGAAGAGGGAAACGAGAUGUGCAUUAAGCCAGGGGAAUUCUAUCUUUAUGAUCAAGAAGAACUCUGUUUUUAUGACAUCAUGAUAAGGGGUCGCGAAAGGCAUGAAAUUGUAAUAGGCUAUCGUUUAGCGACAGCUGAACGUGCGGUGAUAAAUCCUGUGGAUAAAAAUAAGCUUGUUAAAUGGUCGCUAGAUGAUGUUUUUGUUGUCAUUGCAUUAGGCGAAUGAGAUUCACUUCACAUAGUGUCGUAAAUAACCCUUGAUAAGUGUCGGAAAAGGCAAAUAGAUUAAUGGCUCACUUUUAGUGCUGUAUAUUACUAAAGUGUCGCGAAAAAGUCUUUUACCUUAAGUUUAUUGUUUGUAUAGGUGACGAAGUCGUCCCAUUUGAACAAUUAUUUUUUUAUUUUCUUUAUUUAAGGUCAUGUGAUUGUUUGAAGAAACAACUGUGGCACAAGUUAAUUCUUGAAGAGUAUCGGUGAUGUUUGAUAUAAUGUGGGGUU